CAUUAAUAAUAGUCUUCUCAAUCACGUAUACAUCCCAUAAAAGUCUUUUUAGUUUACUCCAUCCCGUCGUCUUUAGACUUUACACCUGAUCAACACCAUCUUCUCCCCCUUUUCCCCAAAUCAAACCUCCAAAAUCAAUCAAUCCCACUUCCCGAUCCACCCAAAUCUCAUCUAGGGUUCACUUCCACAACCAAUCGAUCUUCAAAACCCCUAAUUUACACAUAUAUACAUACAUGCCAUGUAUAGCAAUUUCAAAGAACAAGCAAUCGAGUACGUAAAACAAGCCGUACACGAAGACAAUGCCGGAAACUACCCAAAAGCCUUCCCUUUAUACAUGAACGCAUUAGACUACUUCAAAACCCACUUAAAGUACGAGAAAAACCCCAAGAUUCGCGAAGCAAUUACGCAGAAAUUCACUGAGUAUUUGCGCCGUGCGGAGGAGAUUAGGGCGGUUCUUGAUGAAGGUGGCACCGGGCCGGCGGCAACCAGCGGCGAUGCGGCGGUGGCGGCCAGACCGAAGACGAAACCGAAGGAUGGGGAAGGUGGAGGGGGAGAUGAGGAGAAUUCGAAACUUAGGGCUGGGUUGAACUCUGCGAUUGUUCGGGAGAAACCGAAUGUGAAGUGGAAUGAUGUUGCUGGACUUGAGAGUGCGAAACAGGCGUUGCAGGAAGCGGUUAUUUUGCCGGUUAAGUUUCCGCAGUUUUUUACUGGUAAAAGGCGGCCUUGGAGAGCUUUUCUUUUAUAUGGUCCACCUGGGACUGGAAAGUCAUACUUAGCGAAGGCGGUUGCCACAGAAGCAGACUCUACUUUUUUCAGUGUAUCUUCUUCAGAUCUUGUUUCAAAGUGGAUGGGGGAAAGUGAAAAGCUCGUUUCAAAUCUUUUUCAAAUGGCUCGUGAAAGUGCACCUUCAAUCAUCUUCAUUGACGAGAUUGACUCUCUCAGUGGUCAACGUGGUGAAGGCAACGAGAGUGAAGCUUCAAGGCGUAUUAAAACCGAAAUCCUUGUUCAGAUGCAGGGUGUAGGACACAAUGAUGAUAAAGUUCUUGUACUUGCAGCAACGAAUACACCCUACUCUCUGGAUCAGGCUAUUCGUCGGCGUUUUGACAAGCGUAUAUAUAUUCCGCUACCAGAUGUGAAGGCCCGGCAACACAUGUUUAAAGUGCAUUUAGGUGAUACGCCAAAUAACCUAACUGAAAGCGACUUUGAAGCCUUGGCUCGUAAGACCGAAGGUUUUUCCGGUUCUGAUAUUGCCGUUUGUGUUAAGGAUGUUUUAUUUGAACCUGUACGUAAAACUCAGGAUGCCAUGUUUUUUGUUAACACACAUGACGAUUUGUGGGUCCCAUGUGGCUCAAAACAACGUGGCGCUGUCCAAACUACCAUGCAGGAGCUCGCAGCAAAAGGGUUGGCUGCAAAGAUUAGUCCACCGCCCAUCAUGCGAGCGGACUUUGACAAGGUUCUUGCGAGGCAGAGGCCAACUGUAAGCAAAAGUGACCUCGAGGUUCACGAGAGAUUCACGAAAGAGUUUGGGGAAGAAGGUUAAAAGAACGAUGAGUUGCAUUGCAUGCACCUGAUCAUGUGAAAUUUAUCUUACUAAUUUGUGUUGGAUUAUUGUACAAGUUUGAGCAUGUUCAAGCUUUUUCCAGGUGAAAAAUCCACAAAAAUAUCGUGUUUUCUUAAUACUUUACUAAUGAAAAAUCAAGGUGUUAUUAUGUUUUUAAUCUGUUUGUUUUGGCCAUGUAAAAAUAUAUAAUUAUAAAUUUGCAGAAGAUGCCAAAUGGACUGUUGGUGUCUUAUAUUUUGCUU